AUGGAUUCCAAUAAUCUUCCCGGCUUCGACCCAAGGGUGCAGGAACAACUAUCUCAGAUAUCUCUGGAUCAACGCAGUAGGCGGCCAUCUCAAUCUUCACAAUCCUCUCAUUCUCAGGUCUCAUCAUACUACAGCACUCAAUCCACUCAAAUUCAUGCACGUUCUGCACGAAACCCUCGUAACACUUAUCAACACAAUCAAUAUUCACAACCUCAAGCACCUCCUGGCCUUGAUGCUUUUCCACCUCUUGGUUCUCGUCAAGUCACGAAUCCAAAUCUGGUUCCUCCUCAGCAUCAACAGCCAGUGCCAAAUCAUUACCAGAUGAGCCAACCAAAUCAACGUCAGCAAUCUGCUGCUCAAGAAUUCUUCAGUCGAGCUAGGGGUCGAGGCCGAGGCCGUGCCAAUGGCUCUCACAGUACCCGAUCUGCGAACCAUGUCCCUAACGACCACACUCGACCUCCACCCAAUGAUCCUCGACUCUUUAACCCUAAUUCGAACCCUCACUUUGCCGCUGUCGAACGCCAACGUCAGACAAAUCAACGCAUGAUGGAGCAAGUGGACUAUAUUGGUGUUGUUGCAAGUAGAGGUGCGACAAACAUGCUUAGCCGCGAAGAAAUUAACGCCAAGCGAGACUUCACUCAAAGACUACAUUCACUAGCAAAAAACGUCGUCUAUGAUAGGUUGGAUCCUAUCACUUCAUCUCGACCUGAAGUAAGACUCGAGCCAUACGGCAGCCUCGCGAAUAGCUUUGGCACCACUGGAUGUGACGUUGACCUGCUCCUGACUAUUCAAUAUCAACCCUCACAAUAUGCCGAAGUCACCGAUGAAACAAAGAGAGGUUUGGAGAAAGCUCUUCUCGACCAAGGCAUUGGAGCCCGACUCUUGACAAACACACGCAUACCUAUCUUGAGAGUGUGUGAAAGACCUAGCAACGAACUACUUCGCAACCUACGCCAACAUAGAGCGAACUGGGAGGCAGAAGUGGCUAACGGGAAUGGUCACUCGGCAGAUGCUUCGUCUGUUGCACCUCUACCUAUCUUGAGUGAAGCUCAAGAAGUACAACAAGCAGCUGCUGUCACUAGCCUCGAUGCAGAUGCAGCCAGUAUUGCACUACCAGACACGCCGACACUAGAUCAUACCAAGCUGGAGUACGCAGGUGAUUGUGGCAUUCAGUGCGACGUCAAUUUCACCAACCAUGUUGCACUGCACAAUACUAGACUGCUUUGGACGUAUGGUCAGUGUGAUCCACGGGUUAGGAUGAUGGGUAUCUUCGUCAAGAACUGGGCUAAAGCUCGGGACAUCAAUACUCCUUACCGAGGCACCCUAUCGUCGUACGGCUACAUCCUCAUGGUUCUACACUAUUUGAUCAACGUGGCACACCCUCCAGUGCUCCCAAACUUGCAGGAGAUGGCCAAGAGCCAUGACUGGAACCAAUCUCCUACGAGCCUGUUCGAAGGACACGAUGUUCGCUUCGAAAGAGAUCUCAACCGGGCUCGACAAUAUAUAUCGACUAUGCCACGUAACCAAAAAAGUCUUGGCGGACUACUGAUCGGCUUCUUCCGAUACUACGGCUUUGCACCUUCCGGCUUUCGCUGGACCGAGCAAACCAUCUCUAUCCGCACUUUAGGUGGUAUCGUGACAAAACAAGACAAAGGCUGGACCAGAGCCAAAUGGUCAGACGAGAACCCCAACGUCAGACAACGAUAUCUGCUGGCCAUCGAGGACCCUUUUGAGAUUGAUCACAAUGUUGCACGGACCGUUGGUCACCAUGGACUAGUCGCAAUCCGAGACGAGUUCAGACGAGCCUGGAAUAUUAUUGACACAGUCCGAUGUCUAAGCACGCCUCAGGGACCCAUUUGGACAUCAGAGCACAUUGAUGGCAGCACUUCUGCCAACGGCUUGGACUUCCUCAAGCCGGCUGACGAUCGAGGUGAUCUGCUACGUAAGGACGCAGAUGUUAGACGGGACAAGGCUCGACAAAUGCGUCAAGAGCUAGAAGCCAAGGAGGAAUUGACAAAGAAGCAUCUCUCACAAGGUGGUCUGAACGUCGAAGGUCUCGAUGAAGAAACUGGUAUGUGGUAUGCUGACCAGCCUCAUGUUGUCGACGAGACAGAUGAGGUGGUAGAGACAUUAGGGCUAAUCCACAAUUGGCAGCACCAAGACGAGAAGACUUCAAGAAUGAGAAGUAAAAAUCCUGAACGUAAAAGACUCGACGACUACGACAACGCAGACUCUGUAAUGGGUCAAGAUGACGCAAUCUGCAGUGACCAAGAAUCUGAUUUAUCUACGAACCAAAUUCUAUGGGGUGGCUCCCGUCAUACGGCUCACCACGAUUGUGCACCUGAGCAGCGCCUAUCUGCUGAUGUCGCUAAUGACUGGGGAGCAGUCUGUGACGAUUUAGCCCAGCAGCCUCCCGUUGACAUAGCUCUCGAACCGCAUCCAGUCAGCAGAAGCGAUCGUUACAUUGAGCCCACAUCCGCGGCCGACGCGCAACAAAUUCCUACUGUCCUGAGCCACGUCCAUCAUCAUGACCCUUGGAGUGGCGACAGAAACGACCAAUCUGUACGAGUCAAGCCUAAUCCCAAUCUUGUCGGUGGGAAUAUUGCAUGGACGACAAAUAGCAAGGCAGGCUUAUGGUUAUUGAAAAGGGAUGAACUCAUACGAUCUGGUACCUGGAAAUCUCCUACCGCAACUGAUUUUGGACGCUUACAUACAAGAUUCCCUUACAAUCCUGAUAUGACGAAGCAGCAACUGAAAGAAUAUAACUACAUAUUGGAAACUCAGUACAAGAAGACAAUGUAUCCCUCGAGAUCUACCAAAGCUGACGAGCUUAGCUCGGAGGCUGAAAAGGUUCUGGUGGAUCUGACGAAUACAGUUUCUGAUAAUAGCUGGGGUGCUAUCAAGCAAGAUCUGGAAGAGCCUAAAGACGAAGCAGACUUACAAUCGUGGCCCGUGACUCAGGACAUCCCAUGGUCCGCGGAAACUGAGACGGGCGCAUGGCUCUUAUGGCGAGAUCAGAAAUGUAGGCUCAAUGAAGGCUACGGCAAUGUACAGAAAUGGAAUGGAUUAAUUGCCAAGCUCGAUGAGAUCUUCCCUUAUAAGUCGGUUAGAACACUCGCUGAUGUCGAGUGUAUGAACCUUGAGCUCGCUACGCAUUUUGGUGGGCUGCAGUUCCCUCGAUCCCAGAUGCCUUUUUCGGACCAGCGUGCAUGUGCACAUACUCUGCAUAGUGCUAUCGAAUAUACACUUGCUGCCAGGGAGACACAUAUGUCAUCCAUCAGCAAGACUACAAGUGGUCAAAUCUUCACUCAAGUCUAUCCAGUGGAGCGCCAUUCUCAGGAUAUGUCAGUCAGCGAAAAUGGGUUUGAAGGGUCAAACCCGCCCAACAGAGAUACUGGUAAAGCUUGGGAAACCGCAACACAGUGGUCACUCAGCACUGAGAUUGGAAGGUGGCUUCAAAAGAGGGAUAAGAAAAUUGUCGAAGGUUCGUGGCGAUUCGGCUAUCGCGAAGAUAGUGUCUUUGCUUCUAUCACCAAACUCUACCCAUACACAUCCGAAGUCUCAGCAAGUGAGAGAGACAAACAGAAUCAAGAACUGGAAACGUUCUUCUGCGAUGUCUGGCUUCCUCGAGAUCCUGCUAAUAAUGCUGAGAGUGUUUAUAGAGCAAUUCUAAAGGUCUGGAAUGUCCGCAGAAAUACAACAGAAGCCAAUCGCGUCAGGGUACUACUCGAUCUGUUUAAAAACCAGACACUUACUGCAUCGAAGGUUAUGCAAGAUACAGCUGCUGCGAGCAGAAGUCUACCCCCCUCUGGACCUACCAACAUACCCACACUGCAUGUAAAAAGGUCAAAUUUUGACGACAUUGGACAGGAACCUAAAGCAUCUUCAAGGGAUCAUCAAGCAAACAAGGACCAAGAUUGUCCGUCGGCUCGAGCAGUCAAGACCAACGAUGAGGUUGCAGAUUUCGUCAGAGAGAAGCGUCUUGCAUUCUUCCAGCAAGCCACAGCAGGUGCCAUGAGAGAUAGCUCGUUCCUUGAUGUUACAGGACCUUCCAGUGUUGUUGAAUCAGCCCAAAAAGAUGCUGCUGCCACCACGUCGGAUGUGCAUAGUGACAAUGAUGCACACUUCCCUGCACGAAAGGAUUCUGCUGCAGAAGGUUCGUGGAAUUUUAUUCCUUCUCCUUCUACAAGAGGUUCGCCGAUUGACCCCAAUUCUUCCCAACGUUGCGCUAACACUUCUAAGCCCAUCGAAAAGUCGUACACAAGCCAAGCAUCUCCGAGCAUGACGUCGAAGCAGUUGAAGAGCAGCACGAUCAACCAGAUAUCGGCGACUACGCGUACGAAGAUGAUCAGCACGAUGGAAUCAGCUCCGUCGAGCGAGAACGACUCGACCAGGAAGCUCUUGAAAAAAUCCGAGCAGAUGACUCCUUCUGGUGAAGUGCAAAACCCCAGUUCACAGCUCGAAGUAAACGCAUCACUUAGCAAUAGCAACGACGACUUCAUUCCAAACAGCCUCAAACCCAACGAUUGGCGAACAGAUCGUAAAGAUCGCUUCGAGAACCCCGAUAUCCUUCCUAUCGUUCGCGCACUAGACUUUGAGAUGGAUCCCGUUCAGCUCUGCGACAUUGAGAUCAUCAAGGCGGGUGGUAAUGGCUGCGCAAGAGGAGGCUAUAACCCUUUCAUGCUAGAGUCUGAUCAAUAUUCCUGGGGAGGCGGAGGAGCCAUGGCACAGAGAUCGAACUCUUUGCAUUGGUCAUGGACUGCUCAGGCAGUUGCUGAGCAGGCCGAGAACGAUUCUGAGUGUGGUCAAUUACUUCAAGAGCUACCUGGAUUCGUGGACUUGUGA